UUGCAAUUUUAGCACGAAUUACUGGGCACAUUCCCUGGUGUUAGACGUAUUCUUCUUAAGAAGCAGCUAGAAGGAUGUCUUUUGCUCCAGCGCCUCAAUUGCUUUCCCGGGCUAGCAAGCGAUUGCAGCUUGCGGUUACCUCUCGCGCGCUCAGUUCUUCCAUUCAACUCCGGGGCACUGCCAGCCCUCCAUCCGAUAUAUCCAAGUUAGAAAGCCCAACAGCGAGUUCAACACAAACUCAACAGCCCCUCGAGUCGUCCGUGACAAAAUGGGGAGAACGCCUUACCACCAUCAACAGCACUGCGCGAUUACCAAGGAGUGUCCAGGCUUUGUACCUGCGGCCGCUUCGAAGAAAGGCCGAAUACGGCCUUCCAGUCUGUGACCUCCAGUUAAGGUCCUUCAGUGUGCGCAACGUGGAGUUUUUUGCCGACUUCGCUAUACGCGCUGCCUAUUACCUGAACCUUCCUGUUUCCGGGCCUAUACCAUUACCGAAAAUUGUCGAGCGCUGGACAUUUCCCCGCAGCAAUUUCGUACAUAAAAAGAGUCAAGAGAACUUCGAGCGCAUAACCCUACGCCGAUUGAUCCAAAUCAAAGAUGGUGAUCCUCAUGUCGUGCAGGCAUGGCUUUCCUUUUUACGAAAGCACGCUUUCUACGGAGUUGGAAUGAAGGCCAAUGUUUGGGAGCAUGAAAGUCUCGAUAUUGCGAAAAAUAUGGACAAAUCUCUUCCAGAAGUUGAAAAGAUCCUAGAGUCUCACCUUGCACAUUUCGGCCGUCAAGAGGGAGCAGCUGACCCGCCAGGCUCAGUAGAGGAUUUUCUCGGGAAUGAGCGCCUAUCUCUGAAAAAAGGGCCGGCACAUUCCCGAAGAUGGAACAGCUCGCUGAGUACGCAGCCACCUUCCACAACCACAGUCUUCUCUGGCAUCCAACCCACGGGUGUCCCGCACAUCGGGAAUUAUCUCGGAGCUCUGCGUGAAUGGGUUACGCUACAAAAUAAUGCUGCGAAGGAUACCAAGCUGCUUUUCUCUAUUGUUGACUUACACGCAUUGACUGUACCUCAAGAAAGUCGCCAACUAAGGAAGUGGAGGAAGGAGGCGUUUGCUACAUUGAUAGCUAUCGGUUUGGAUCCAAAUCGCUCGACGAUAUUUUACCAGUCUGCUGUUCAUCAACAUGCUGAAUUGUAUUGGAUUCUUAGUACGGUGGCAUCUACCGGAUACUUGUCUCGAAUGACCCAGUGGAAGAGCAAACUUCAAUUGCCGGAUGAUACAACUUUAGAAAACUCAGAAGUGCGGUCGAAGCUACGACUUGGCCUCUUUUCAUAUCCUGUUCUUCAGGCGGCAGAUAUCUUAGUCCAUAGAGCUACCCAUGUCCCGGUGGGGGAAGACCAGAGACAGCACCUGGAAUUUUCGAGAUAUACUGCAAAUAGCUUCAAUCAUAUUUAUGGCCCAAUAUUUCCCUCGCCGGAAGCACUUAUUUCACCCGCCAAGCGAGUGAUGUCUCUCAAAGAGCCAAAACUGAAAAUGUCCAAGUCUCAUAUCGACCAGCGGUCGAGAAUUAUCCUCACUGACUCCCCUGAGGAUAUCCGUCAGAAGAUCAAGGUCGCGCUCACAGAUUCGCAACCGAACAUCACCUACGACCCAAUACAUCGACCGGGUGUAUCUAAUCUUAUAGAAAUUAUCGGCCACUUAGAAGGGGUGUCUUGUCAUGACAUAGCCUCCACUUUUGAGAACGCAAGCUUGCGAGCCCUGAAAGAGCAUCUCGCCCAGAAGCUUUCGGAUGCGCUAAGUCCAAUUCGGGAGAAAUACUACUCGCUUAUGGGGGACAAAAGUGACUAUUUAGAAUCCGUGGCAGAGCAGGGAGCUCGAGACGCACGUGCUAAUGCUGAGAUCACUAUGAAGAAGGUCAAGGAGGUGAUGGGGUUGUAAAACUCGAGUCUCAUGUACAUUAUUUUUCUUUUUGAGGUUUGCCAAGCCAUAUUAUUGUAUACUAACUGUAGUUACUCUGUGACGUAAGAUACCAAACAUUUAUGCGGGGUUAGACGGGAUUGUAUCUGGUAGGUUGACAAUCUUUUAUUUCUAACGGAGU